UUCGGUGAUGACGUGAAGCCAACAACUUCAUCAAAAUCGAAAGCGAGAGAGAGAGAGAGAGAGAGAGAGAGAGUUUGGGGAUUCUGAAAAAAUGGAGAAGAUAUUGGGGAUUGUGAUUAACAAGAAAGAGAGGACAAUGGCGGAUGCCUGGAUCGUCGAAGACUUGUCUUCGUGGGAGCUUGUCGACCCGUCCGACGACGACAACGAUGAAGACUACUCUUACGACGAACUCGACCUCUACGUGUUUGAAUCUCCGUCCUCCUCCGAUCUCUCCGCUCAAUCUCCGCCGCCUCCGCACGAUCUCGUCGAUCACGCCAACGAUCGCGAAGAUCGUGUGGAUUUGGCGAAAUGUGUUUCGAUUGACGAGAAGUGUGUGUAUACAGUUACGGAGGUACCUCCGAAUGUAAAAUCAUGGAUCCGUUCCCGUGUAUACAAGGACUAUGAUGAUGAAAAUGAUGAUGGUGGUGAUGGUGAUGAGGAGGAGGAGGAGAAGUUUGAUGAUUAUGGAGGUGAGUAUGAUUUGGACGAUGAAUUGGUGCCGAAGAAUGUGAUCGAUCGAUUUGGGAGGCAGAGGAUUCGGAAAUUGGGGAAGAGGGCUUUUUCAAAGAUGAACAAGGCCAAGAAGUUGCCUUACGCCUACAAUCGCCCAGGUUGCGUCUAUGGAAAGCACGGGCUGGGUUUGAAGCACAACCUCAUCAACUAGUGAGAUAUUGGGGUAAAUUAAAGCUAACCUUGAUCGAGUUUCGGUGAUUUGAUGGUGUGAAUAAGUCUGAUCUGGUUUAGGUCUGUAUAGCCAAGGGGAUUACGUAGUCGUAAAAUGGGGUUUUAUUUUUAAUGUUGAUUCUGGAGCUGUCUGAAUUUGGAUUUGGUUUGUUUAUAAAUUUUAUGCUUUCGAUUGGAAUAGUUGAUCUACUAAGGAUGAUUUUUUGACUUUGGCCGAAGAAA